AUGUCUUCCACUUUAAAAAAGUUGGGUAUUGAAUUUAAGGAGUUGCCAUAAUCCCAAGUAGAUGAAGCAAUCUAUUCUAUUCAAUCUAUGAGAUUGGAAUAAAUUUUAAUAUCAGAAGGAGAGAUAUUUGAUUGGCAAAAUCUUUUGAAUCGCCCGGAUUUAGUAAGCUUAAAGUAUCCUGAAAAACUAGGAACUUUGAUAUUGUAGGACGAAUAGCAAUCAAGUAGAUCUUUCUUUAUUUUUGAUAUCAAUAGUCCAUUACGGAUUAAAGUUAUUGCUACCAUAAAAUCAAAGAAAUAUCAGUAAGUAUUUCUGAUCGUAGCAAUCGUUGGAAUUGUACCAUUUUGCAUGGAGGAAUCUAUAAUAAGCGAGGGAAUAGAAAUCAUUGUUAAUAUCAUAAUAGGAAUAGAUAUCAUUUUAAAAUCAAUAGCAAGUGGGUUUAUUUUAAGUAAGAAAUCAUACCUGAAGAAUAUUUGGAAUUUCUUGAAUUUUAUGGCAUUUCUCUUUACUUGGUGUUUGUUUUUGGAUGAUUCGCAGAUUUCAUAAAUAAUAAAAGCAAUAAGGUUCUUGAGAAUUUUUAGAUUUAUAGAGGAGGUAUCGAUUUUAAAGAUUUAAUUUAAUGCUUAUGUUGGCAGCUUUUUAAGAGUAAAACAGGUCUUGAUUCCCAUUUUUUUGGUUAUGAUCUAUUUUUCAAUCAUUGGUUUGCACUUAUUUAUAGGUUUAACUGAAAGAAGAUGUCGAUUGACUCAAUAUCCUAUAGAUAAUGUGUGGAUAGCCGAUCCAAAUAUAUAAAAGUUAUGUGGAAUAUGGGAAUGUCCAGAAAAUACUUAUUGUGGAAGUCUUUUGGAUUAUGAUUUGCCUAGAAAUGAAACCGAAAAUGAUAUAGAAGCCUUUACUUGGAAUUUUACAAGAUUUGAUAAUUUUUUUAAUUCCUUAUUAGUUGUCUUUACAUUUUUAAAUGUGACUGGUUGGUCUGGGACAACGUUUAUGUUUUGGAAAGCUAUGACAACAUAUGUAACUGCAACUUAUUUUUUGAUUAUGAUUCUAUUGAUGGCUUUUAUUAUGUCCAAUUUGCUUUUGGCUUUGUUUUAUGAAUCCUUUAUGGAGAAAUCUUCAAUUAAAAAUACUUAAAAGAAGUUAAAGUAAGAGUAAUAAUAGAUUGAGGAAGAGAUAAAGAAAAAAAAUCAAUAAUAGUUGAUAAAUCGUCUAAGUGUUAUUAGUAAGCAAAAAGAAAAAGGAAAUUAAACUUCUAAUUUUAACAUCUAUUUUAGGGAAGAAUAAAACGUAAAUAUUAAGGAUGCUGAAUAGGAAUUGUUUAUUAAUAAACUAUUAAACUCUCCAAAAAUUUUAGUGAUUAAUACUUUGUUUAUCUUUCUUUCUGCUUUUGGUAUUGCCUUUGAUUAUGAUGGUAUUCCAUAAAUCUUGAAUGAGAAGUUAUAGUUGAUUGAUUUUAUUUGCAUUCUUUAUACAUUUUUAGAGAUUACGAUUUAAUUUUGUGGAAAAGGAAUUUAAGAUUUUUUUUCAAAGAGAAUUAAUGUUUUCGAUUUUUUGAUAAUCUUAUCCCAAUGGUUUUUAAUCUUCUAUUUAGUCACCUUUAAUUAACCGCUAAUAUAUAAUGAUGAUAGAGAGAUCGCCUUUAUAAAAUCACUUAAAAUCUUGAGAAUAUUUAAAUCAUUAUUUUUUGCUAAAGUGUUUUAUACUAUUGCUGUAUUGAUCAGAUCCUUAAUCAGUACUUUAAUUGCACUUAAGAAAAUACUUUUCUUAUGGAUUUGUCUAAUAUUUUUAAUGUCAAUCUUUGGCAAACAUUUAUUGUAAUACCAAAUGUCAGAAAAUAACAUGACAAUAUAUUAUAAUGAUUUAGGAUCUUCAAUAAUGGCAGUAGUCAAUAUAUUUUAUAAUGAAGAGUGGCACAUUACAAUGUAUAAAUAUGGUAGACACACUGAAGCAUCAAUCGUGUUUUACAUUAUAAGUGUGAUUUUUGGAUAAAUAUUCUUUAUUAGAUUACUAACUGCUGUCUUUUUAAAUGAAUUCAGCUAGCAUAUUGAAAGCGUUUAGACAAGUUUGAAACCAAUAGACUAUAAAAAGUUAUUUUCUACAAAGAAAAUGUAGAACACAGUAUCGAAAUUGUAGUUAAAUAUAGUGAAAUAAAAAAGAAAUGAGAAGAAGAAGGAGUCUAUUUAUUUAAAAGAGUUAAAAGUAAUUGGACAAAAGAGAAAGACAAAUUCAAUGAUAAAUUAAUUACAAGGACAGGCUUCCUUUUAGAAUCUUGAUGAAUUUUUGAACCUUUGCCAAGACAAUUAAUAACAAGAAAGCAAAUUAUAAGUAAUUAAAUCUGAUGUUGUUGUAAAUCAAUAAGAAUUCCAGAAUAAAACAUUGUUUAUAUUUUCUGAAAAGAACCCAAUUAGACUUCGUGUUAAGUCCUUAAUUGAGAAUUUACCCUUUAGAGUGUUCUUAAUUAUUUUGGUCUUGAUAUGUGUUAUUAGAACUAUGCUGCUCACUCCUUUUUUAAAUCCUGAAUCUGAUUUGUUUGCAGUCCUAAAAACAAUACAUUCUGUCAAUACCAUUUUAUUUUGCAUUCAAAUCUUUUUAAACAUUGUUUCUGAUGGCUUAUUCAUUGGAGAGGAUUCAUAUUUACAAAAGUCACCUUACAAUGCACUCAAUUUUAUAAUUACAACAAUAGACAUUGUGGCUAUCUUCAAUUACAAUCAAUUAAUCUUUAACCUUUUUUCAAGUUUGAGAAUUUUGGAAUUCAUAAGAAUAGGGGCAGAAUUAAAUUCGAAUAUCAAUUAUGUUUCUUAAGCUUUAAUGAAAGCAUUUUUAACCAUGAUUCAAUUAAGUAUAUUUUGUUUUGUAAUUCUCCUUGUAUAUGGAAUAUUUGCAACAAAGUUAUUGAAAGGUGGCCUAUAUUAUUGUUCAAUAUCGAGUGAAUUGCAAUACAAAGUAAAGGAUAAAUGGGAUUGUAUGGAUAAUGGUGGUUCAUGGGUAAAUAAAAUACUGGGAUUUGAUAAUGUAUUUGAUAGUGCUUUAACUUUGUUUGUUACCGCAACUACAGAGGCUUGGCUUCCAAUCCUAAUAGAUACAUGGAGUUCAAGGGGAAAAGACCUUGCUCCAAUAAACAAUCAUAAUAGAUGGUGGGCUGUAUAUUUUUAAGUGUUUUUUUUUAUCGGGAAUAUCUGUAUGCUCAAUAUGUUUAUCAGUUUGGUUGUAAAUACAUAUUAGGAAACUAAAAUAAAGGCUUAAGGUAUGUCAGAAUUAAAUGGCAACCAAAGAGAGUGGCUUCAGAUUAAACACAGUAUACAUUACCUUACUCCUAGGGUUAAUUAUGAGUUACCAAAGAACAAGGUGAUAAAGUUAUUUUAUUUUAUUGCAGAGAGUAAGAAACUGAAAUACUUUUGGCAUACAAUCAUAGCCUUAAAUACAAUCAUUCUAUCAUUAUUUUAUACAAGACAAAAUAAGAUAUUUCGAAAUAUCUUAAUAGAAAUUAAUUAAUAUUGCAUUUUGAUAUCUGCAGUUGAAAUUACUGUCAGAUUCAUUGUAAAAUAGUGGUAAAAAAGAGAUGUCUUUUUAAUCAUAGAUUUUUUUGGAAUCAUUUUUAAUCUUUUUGAUUUAUUCAUCCUCCAGGAACUGUCUGACAAUUUUUAUGUUCUGAGAUCUUGCACAGCAAUAUCAGUAGCAUUUCAAUUAUUAAGAAACUACUAUAUAAUUAGGCGUUUUCCAGAGUUAGAGAAACUAUUUAAUACAAUAUUUUCAGUCAUACCUUCUGCUCUAUCUAUGAUAUUCAUUAUGGCUUUGUUUCUUUUUAUCUAUGCCUCUUUGGGGAUGGAUCUAUUAGGUUAUUUGAGACCUUAGAAUUAUAUAGAAGGGUUUGAUCUUCAUCUUAGAAAAUUUACGACAGCAAUGUUUUCAUUAAUUAGAGUAGCAAGUUCAGAAUAAUGGUGGGCCUUGCUGGUUGAUUCGGUUCACAGAAGAACACCAGACUUCGCAUGUAUCUACAUUAAGGACUAUUAUGAUUACUAAGAACAUGGUUUCAAUGGAUGCGGAACAUAUUGGGCAUAUGCUUACUAUAUUAGUUUCCAUCUACUUUUUUCUUUAGUCAUACUCAAUUUAUUUAUAGCUUCGAUACUUGGUGCAUAUGAAGAACAUGUGAAAUCAGAAUAGAGUGCAAUAUCUAAAUAUCAAUUACAUGAUGUGCUGAACUAUUGGGCAUAAUAUGAUCCCAAGGGAACUGGGUUCCUGAAUUAUAAGUAGUUUUGGAAGUUAUCUUCAGAGAUAGCAAUAUGUUUUGGAGUUCCAGUCAAGGAACUUUUGGAUCCCGCCAAUAAAACCAAUUUCUUGAGGGCUUUAAACAUCCCACUUUAUGAAGAUGAACAGGGAUUAAUGGGAUAUCUAUUUCAUGACGUAAUAGUUAGUUUGACUAAACUGUCCGUCGAAUUAAAAUAUGGAGUAAAAGAUUUGGAAUCGAGUUCAUAUAAAGGCAAGGACCUUAUCCAUGAUUAUUAUAAAUUCUUUAAGAAGACACCGUAUUAUAGUGGUUAGAUGUCUAGUAUUAUCUUCAUCUAAGGAAAAAUCAGAACAAUAAGGAAUAGGAAGAAGGGAAUUAAGUUCCUUAAUAUCGAAGCACUCAAGCAGGAACUUUAGAAUCAAAAUGAGGCUGAACGAAGUGCGUAAUACAAUGAAAAUUGA